AUGCCCCUCCAUCCUCGAACAUGCUCCCUUCUCUACAGCAUAUCGUGCCUCCUUGAUGCUCUAGACGGAGCGGCGGCUCGUCGCCUGGACCAAUCCACCCGGUUCGGUGCAGACGUGGAUAUGAUCACCGACCGUUGCACGACGACCUGUUUACUGGUGUUCCUCGCGAGCGCAUUCCCCCGAUGGAGCAUCCUAUAUCAAAGUCGGAUCAGCUUGGAUUAUUCAAGCCAUUAUAUUCAUAUGUACGCCACCCUGGCCAUGGGUGGAAGUCGCCAAAGUCACAAACAGAUCGACGAGAAUCGGCCCUGGGCCAUGCGGCUCUAUUAUUCGAACACAGUAUGUCUCGCUGUCGUUGUCUGUCGGGUUCAGCAUCGCGCUGUAUCUGCUCUCAUUCUCCUCUCCGACACUGCUCACCGUGGAGCGCUGGAGCAAUGGAAAUGGCUCGGUAAGGUCCAGACACGCGCCAAUAAGAUCGAUAGUGCCGUUCCCUGGGCUUUGCUUGCCCUCUCCUCAGUCUUCAUGCUUUUCAAGCAUGUUCCCGGCAAAGGCGCGAAGGUUCUAGCCUUCGGCGGUGCCUGUGGGCUGGCUCCGUCUUCCGAAUCCUCGCGUCUCCUCGACGAUGAUAUCUACCAGUCCGGAUACGGAUAUGGAGCCCUCAAUCAUGCCAACCAGGUCUCUCAACCGGACACCGGAUACAUAAAGCGCGAACGGGAAGCCCUAGAAGCGAUAUGUCAACGGACCUCGGACAACGUCAUUGACAUCUGGUCCCUCCAACCUCAACCUCACCUCCAACCCCAAGCAACGCUACACGGUCCCGCGUCCCCUUCGACAUCGAAAUCCGGCGCCACAGACGAUGUCCCCGUGAGAAUCACCACCUCGCCGCCAUCAGAACACCCCUCAUCAUCCGGCAAAGACUCCGCGACCAUGCCCGGCGCCGUGCCCAAACACUGGGGCGAAGUAGUCAUCAACCCGCGAAAAGGCAAGCAGGCACGCUCCGGAUCGAACGACGAGACCGCCACUCGCGACGUCUUCGGCGUUUUACAGGUUUCUUGA